GGAAGGAGAGAAGAGCGGGAAUUGGUGGCUUGUUGGUACCAUGAGUGGCGGAAGGUUUGACUUUGAUGAUGGAGGGGCGUAUUGCGGGGGCUGGGAAGGGGGCAAGGCCCACGGGCAUGGCAUCUGCACCGGCCCCAAGGGCCAGGGUGAAUACUCUGGCUCCUGGAACUAUGGCUUUGAAGUGGUGGGAGUCUACACGUGGCCCAGUGGCAACACCUACGAAGGAUACUGGUCUCAGGGCAAGAGGCACGGCUUGGGGAUCGAGACCAAAGGACGCUGGCUUUACAAAGGCGAGUGGACCCACGGCUUCAAGGGAAGGUACGGGAUACGGCAGAACGUCAGCAGCGGAGCCAAGUAUGAAGGCACCUGGAACAACGGGCUUCAGGAUGGUUAUGGCACAGAGACCUAUGCGGAUGGAGGUACUUACCAAGGCCAGUUCACCAAUGGUAUGCGCCAUGGUUAUGGUGUCCGACAGAGUGUCCCUUAUGGCAUGGCAGCUGUAGUCCGCAACCCUCUAAGGACCUCCCUUACUUCCCUCCGCAGCGAGCACAGCAAUGGCACCCUGCUGCAACACGAUUCCCCCUCGGCUAACCUGGAGAACAUGCCCAUGACACCUACAAUCACACGGGGUGGUUUUGCUCUCAGCUUGUAUGCAGACGCAGAUGCUGGAAAGCUGAAGAAGGGAGGACUUUUCAGACGGAGCUCCCUCUUUGGAAAGUUGAAGAAAUCAGAUUCCAAGACUUCCUUGACCAGCCAAAGGAGCCGUCUCAGUUUUCUGAAGAGUGAGAGUGGGAUAAGUUCUGCUGGUAGUGAUGGCACCUCUACAGCUAGUUUGGGAGAAGGAGCAGAGGGAGACGACUUCCCACCUUUCGACGCUGAUAUUGAUGCCACCACUACGGAGUCCUACAUGGGCGAGUGGAAGAAUGACAAGCGCUCUGGGUUUGGUGUGAGUGAGAGGUCGAGUGGCCUGAAGUAUGAGGGGGAAUGGUUGGAUAACGUACGACAUGGAUACGGUUGCACUACAUUGCCUGAUGGAAAGAAGGAAGAAGGGAAGUACCGAAUGAACGUUCUGAUCAAAGGCAUGAAGAAGCGGGUGAUACCUCUGAAAAGUGCCAAGAUAAGGCAGAAAGUGGACCGGAGCAUAGAAGGAGCUCAGAGGGCAGCAGCCAUUGCCAAACAAAAAUCUGAGAUUGCAGCUUCUAGAACUGCUCAUGCCAAAGCCAAGUCCGAAGGUGCUGAGCAAGCAGCGCUGGCAGCUAACAAUGAAUCCACAUUAGCCAGAUCGAUGGCCAGAGAACUAUCUCCAGAUUUCUACCAGCCAGGCCCUGAAUACUUGAAAAGAAGGCUGCUCCAAGAACUAAUGGAGAAUGAAGAAAACAUAGAGAAUGCUGAAGAGACACCACCUAUUGAAGAGCCACCACUACCAUCACCUCCAGAAAGUCCUCAGGUUGAUGAACAGGAGUCCACCAAGCCCAAAGAGAGUACUGCUCGAACCCCAUCUCCACCUGGAACACCACCAGAGGCAAAGCGUGCUAAGCAGAAUUCCCAGAAAGAGGGUUUUGUUGGCCCUGGUAGCUGGAAUGGAGAUCCCAGCAAGGAUGGGGGUCAUACAGGAAAUAGGCCCAACACAUCUUCAAAUGUACUUUUGGCAUCAGGGGAGAAGGCAGGCAGUAACAUCCCAUCCCGGAGCUCCAGCAGGCAUGGCCAUGUGAGGACGUCAGCUGACCAUAUGGAGAUCAAACCCCUUCAGAAGCUGCAGCAGGGAGGUGAUGUUGCAUUAUUUCAAGGCUAUCACAGUUAUGCUGUGAGGACAUCCCCGGUAACACCCCCAUUGGACAAUGAAGAAGAAUCAUCCCCUGAAUACAAAUCACCUCCCCAGCCAAGUUCCUCAGAGCCCAAAGCAGAUGUGAAAGAGGCUGAACACAAAUUGGAGCCCCAAAAGAGAGCAGUUACACCUGUCGUUCAGCAGGAACCAGCUCAUGAAGAGAAAAAAACACGGAGAGCGGAACCUAAGCCAGAGCCCAAGCAACAUCCACCGCCUGAAUCAAAAGCAGAAUUGAAAACACAGGCUGCAGCUGAAGGCAAGCCUGAACGGAAAACGGUGGCCAAAAUUGAGCCCAAGGCUGGGGUGAAAAAGGGUCCUCUGACUGAGGAAGCAGCACCAGUGGUGGAAGAACAUGAAGAGGGACCUAACACAAUUAUCAUCUGCAUGGUCAUCUUAUUGAAUGUUGGCCUGUCCAUCUUAUUUGUGCAUUUUCUGACAUGAUGGGAAGCUAAGAAGAAGUUGUUGCUGAUGUAGACAACAGGAAUAUAACCCCAUCUAUUUAGAAAACAUCUAAAAGAGGAGCUUAGAAACCUGUGGUUGCACCAAGACCAUGAACUUUCAGAGAAUGGUCCCGAAUGAACAGUUGAGUCCCCAUCUUGGGUGACAUCUGUUCAGCAAGAAGAAGCCUGGAAUUCUGCAGCCCCUCUCUGCUCUUUCUUUUGUGGUGAACUAGAAUUGCCUGACAGGAUCCUAACUUUGAUGGACUACUGUGCUGUUGUUUGAAGAAACAUGUAUUCACUUGUGAAUUGUGGAAAUGCAAAUGAAGCAGUCUCUUCCUUGAAUUCCACCAUGAAAAUUCCAGCCUCUACUGGAAGACUUGUUAUUACAGGUCUCCCAAAGAGAAAUAUGCGUAAGGCAUGCAACAGCCAGGAAUGAGGGCUACUGCUAUGGAUUUAAAUUCCCCCAUCCAAAUCAGGAUUGCACUGAGUCCAGUGUUAAGAAAAGACAGGCUGUUUUUCCCUGCUGCUACAUAAUUCUAAAGUCAUUCUGUUUUGAAGUCUAUAAUAGGCAAAAAAAAAACACCCCAUGUCCCAUUUCUAUGAAUAGCAGAGCCUAUUCUAGGCUGAGUGAAUCCACAGUGAAGAAACAAAAAUGUGUCUUCUCGUUUUGCAGAUUAAGGGUGCUUAAAAGUGGUCUGAAUGGCAGACACCUCCCAGAAGCAAAUUCCCUGCUCCAUUGCUAUGUGCCAGUUAG